CGGCAAGCCGUUCUCCCCCAGCAGAGUGGAAAUGCGGUAACAAGCUCGGGCAGGCAACACAAGGAAAGGCGUUGGCUGACGGCGGUCGAGUUCCUCUUAUCAUCGCCACCGUCUUUGAUUCAGACAAGAGCCAUGUACGGAAGUUCCAGGACAGUGGGCCACGUGGAAGGCAGCCCAUCGCGGUCUCCCCGGCUUCCCCGCUCACCUCGCCUGGGACACCGCAGGACAAGCAGCGGCGGGACCGGCGGAGCCGGCAAGACCCUGUCCAUGGAGAACAUCCAGUCUCUGAAUGCAGCCUACGCUACAUCGGGACCCAUGUACCUGAGUGACCAUGAGGGAGUCGCCUCCACCAGCUUUCCCAAAGGCACCAUGACCCUGGGCAGGGCGACUAACAGAGCCACCUAUGGGGGGCGAGUGACGGCCAUGGGCAGCAGUCCCAACAUCGCCUCGGCUGGCCUCCCUCCCGGGGGAGAUGCCCUGUCUUUCAGUGAUCACCACCAGCAGAGCGGCAUGGUGACCCCAUCCUCUCACCAUCACCACCACCACCAAGUGCCCUCUACCCUGAGGCAGGUCCGGGAUAACACCAUGGUCGAUCUGCAAGCGCAGCUCAAGGAUCUGCAACGAGAGAACGAGAUCCUCCGGAAGGAGCUGGAAGUUAAAGACACCAAGCUGGGAUCGUCCAUGAACAGCAUUAAAACUUUCUGGAGCCCCGAGCUGAAGAAAGAGAGAGUGCUGAGGAAAGAGGAGGCGGCCAGGAUGUCGGUGCUUAAAGAACAGAUGCGAGUAUCUCACGAGGAAAGUCAGCACCUACAGUUGACCAUCCAAGCAUUGCAAGAUGAACUUCGAACCCAACGUGAUCUUAAUCAUCUUCUUCAGCAGGAAAAUGUUAAUCGAGGUGCUGAGCAUUAUACCAUUGAGCUCACUGAGGAGAAUUUUCGUAGGUUGCAGGCAGAACAUGAGCGACAAGCGAAAGAGCUUUUUCUUUUGAGGAAGACUUUAGAAGAAAUGGAACUAAGGAUUGAAACACAGAAACAAACGUUGAAUGCAAGGGAUGAAUCAAUUAAGAAGCUUUUAGAAAUGUUGCAGAGUAAAGGAUUGCCAUCCAAAUCUAUGGAAGAGGAACAUGAAAGAAGUCGGAGAAUAUCUGAAGCAGAAUCUCAAGUUAAUCAUCUGGAAGUCCUACUGGAUCAGAAAGAAAAAGAAAACAAUCAUCUUAAAGAGGAGCUGCACAGGAGAACGCCAAGCCAGCCAGAGUCUGCAAAGACGAAGGCCCUUCAGACAGUUAUUGAAAUGAAGGAUACCAAGAUUGCCUCACUGGAGAGAAAUAUUAGGGAUUUAGAGGAUGAAAUUCAAAUGUUGAAGACUAAUGGAGCUCUGAGUACUGAAGACCGGGAAGAAGAGCUUAAACAGAUGGAAGUUUACAAGAGUCAUUCAAAGUUCAUGAAAAAUAAGAUCGAUCAGUUAAAACAGGAUUUGUCCAAGAAGGAAUCUGAACUCCUUGCCUUACAAACCAAGCUGGAAACAUUGAACAAUCAGAAUUCUGAUUGUAAACAACACAUUGAGGUUCUCAAAGAAUCACUCACUGCCAAAGAACAGAGAGCUGCCAUACUUCAAACAGAGGUUGAUGCAUUGAGGUUGCGACUUGAAGAAAAAGAAAGUUUCCUUAACAAAAAGACAAAACAGCUGCAAGAUCUUACAGAAGAAAAAGGAACACUAGCAGGAGAGAUCCGCGAUAUGAAAGAUAUGCUGGAGGUGAAAGAGAGAAAGAUCAAUGUCCUCCAGAAAAAGAUUGAAAAUCUUCAAGAACAACUUAAAGACAAAGAUAAACAACUUAACAAUUUGAAAGACCGAGUUAAGUCAUUACAAACAGACUCUAGCAAUACAGAUACAGCUUUGGCAACGCUAGAAGAAGCUUUAUCAGAGAAGGAAAGAAUUAUAGAACGUCUUAAGGAGCAACGUGAAAGAGAUGAUCGGGAAAGGCUCGAAGAGGUUGAGUCAUAUAAAAAAGAAAAUAAAGAUCUUAAAGAGAAGAUUAACAAUUUACAAGCAGAAUUAGCAGAAAAAGAGUCUAGUUUGAUUGACUUGAAGGAACAUGCAUCUUCAUUGGCUUCAACGGGCUUAAAGAAAGAUUCCAAAUUAAAAUCUCUAGAAAUAGCCAUAGAGCAAAAAAAAGAAGAAUGUAGUAAGUUGGAGGCACAAUUGAAGAAGGUUCAUGAUGCUGAAGAGGAUGCUCAUUUGAACCCAGAGUUGGGUGAGAAAAUGAGGCAACUCGAGAAGGAUGUGGCAUACUUCAAAGAGGAGUUUGGUAAAUCCCAAGCUGAAGUUGACAGACUUUUGGAGAUCUUGAAAGAAGUAGAGACUGAGAAAAAUGAGAGAGAUAAGAAAAUAGCAGAGCUUGAGAGACAAGUAAAGGAUCAAAAUAAAAAAGUGGCCAACCUGAAGCACAAAGAGCAGAUGGAAAAGAAGAAAAAUGCACAAUUACUGGAGGAAGCUCGUAAACGAGAAGACAACUUGACCGAUAACUCUCAGCAGAUGGAGGAAACAGUGCAACAGAAAGACGAGCGAAUUGAGGAGCUGGAAGAAGCCCUGCGUGAGAGUGUGCAGAUAACUGCAGAGAGAGAGGUGAUUCUCGCCCAGGAAGAAGCUUCUAGAUCUUCUGCAGAGAAACAGUUAGAAGAAUUGAUGACCACUCUGGAGAAGACAAGACAAGAACUGGAUUCCACCAAGGUCAGGCUAACCUCAACACAACAAUCUCUUGCUGAGAGGGAGGCACACCUCGCUAAUUUACGGAUAGAACGGAGAAAGCAGCUGGAAGAAGUGCUAGAGAUGAAACAAGAAGCACUGCUGGCAGCCAUCAGUGAGAAGGAUGCAAACAUUGCCUUAUUAGAAUUGUCUGCCUCUAAAAAGAAAAAGACACAAGAUGAAGUAAUAGCUCUUAAACGUGAAAAGGACCGACUAGUACAACAGUUGAAACAGCAGACACAAAAUCGGAUGAAACUUAUGGCAGAUAAUUACGAUGAUGAUCACCAUCACCACCAUCACCAUCACCACCAUCACCAUCGCUCACCAGCAAGAUCACAGCAUAGUAACCAUCGACCCUCUCCUGAUCAGGAUGAUGAGGAGGGCAUAUGGGCGUAACAGUACACAUGAACCAAAGCUACAGUUUUGUUCUGAGGGGUGA